AUGGAAAAUUUUCUUGCGAAUCUGUUGGCGAGGCAACAGGAAUGGUCACAGCAAAUGUUGGCUCAGCAGCAGCAAUUUUUUGCACAAAUGACGAAUCGUCAUGAAGGCAGCCCAUUGUCGGGCGUUUCGACUGCAGCAUUUUCGGCAGCAGUACCAAGGUUUCAUAGUUUUGAUGAGGAGAAGCACAAUUUUGCAUCUUACAAAACGCAAUUGGACGAGCAUUUCAAGGCUUAUGGCGUAGAAGAUGUGGAGAAAAAACGGUCGUUUUUACUAUCAUGGAUAGGGGACGAUGCAUUCAGGCUACUGCAAAAGUUGGUUGGGAAGCACGCAAUUCAGUCUUUGUCGUACGAAGAAAUUGUGGCAAAAUUCGAAGUACAUUUCAAAACCAAGACACACAUUAUUAAGACGAGGCAUGAUUUUUACAAAAGACAGAAGCGUGAAGGUGAAACUUAUAAACAAUGGGUCACAGAGCUUCAAAGUAUGGCACAAAAUUGCAAUUUUGUUUGCAAGAAUGAUCAGUGUGGUAGUGAGUAUGUAGAUGAGUUAAUAAGAGACUUGUUAAUUUUGUAUUCACCUGAUGAACCGGUACGUGGAGCAUCGUUACACAAAGAAAAUCCUACUCUAGAAGAAGUGAUGCAGAUUGCUGAAACUUUUGAGUCAACGCAGGCUACAAUGAAGAGCAUCAAGGACAUUAACAACAAGGAGGUCGAUAUUUUUGCAAUGCAAAAACGUCGUCAGUAUAGCGAACAGCAACGUAAAAAGGACUUAAAUAAUCGAGAGUCGCAGUUACCAGCGUGUAAUGAACGUAAAAAGGACUUAAAUAAUCGAGAGUCGCAGUUACCAGCGUGUAAUGGGUGUUUCAAGAAGCACAAGAAGUCGGACUGUAAAUAUUUGAAGGUCAAGUGCUACAAAUGUGGGCGUAUUGGACACAUCGCUACUGUAUGUAAGUCCGUUCCGAAUUUUAAACAUAAACAAGUAAACGUAUUAGAAGAUGUAGAAAAUUGCAACCUGGUUAAUAGCAACAUUAUUACGCGGGCUGGUAAUAAAAUGUUCAUUGACAUUGAAAUUAAUGAUACUCCAAUGAAAUUUCAAUUUGAUACGGGUUCAGUUUGCUCCGUAAUUGGUUUGUCAACAUACGAAAGUUUACGAAAACCAACACUGUAUAGUACUUCUACUAAGUUAUUCGGAUAUGGGUCAGUGGAGGUUCCAAUUUUGGGUGCAAUGCAGGCGAAGGUUAAGAUAGGUGAUGAAGUACAACACCUCGAACUUAUUGUGGCUAAUUCCGAAAUGUGCACCAAUAUUUUUGGUUUAAACUGGUACGAUCAGUUUAAAGCUGUUCAAGUCUUUCAAAUUAUUCAAAAUUCGGAUUUAAAAAAACUUUGCGAUGAUUACAAUGAAAUAUUAAGGAAGGAGUUAGGUCGAUAUUUAUCUGAUGCGUACUUACAAAUUGAAUUGGAUGAAGAAUCAAAAGAUUUAACUGUAGUAAAUACUCCACUUGGGCUUUAUCAGUACCAGCGUUUACCUAUCGGUGUAGCAAGUGUUCCUGCUAUUUUUCAGCGUUUGAUUGAGGAGAUUAUAAAUGGCAUUCCCGGUUGCAUUAAUUAUUUAGAUGAUAUAAUAUGCACAGGAAAAUCCGAAGCGGAACAUUUAGAUAAUCUACCCAUGUUGUUUAAGAGAUUAAAAGAUUAUGGAUUACGAUGCAAUUUUGAAAAAUGUACUUUAAUGCAAGAAAGUGUAGAGUAUCUUGGGCACGUAAUUUGUGCUGCGGGCAUUCAACAAUCUGAGAAAAACACAGAGGCAAUUAAAAAUUUGCCGCGCCCUACAAAUUUAGCCGAACUUCAAUCUUUUAUGGGAAAAGUCAAUUAUUAUUGCACUUUUAUUAAAGACUAUUCAACUCUUUGUGGCCCGCUUAAUUUUUUGCGUAAGAAGAAUCAGAAAUUUGUAUGGAACUCUGCACAAGAAAACGCUUUUCAAGAACUUAAAAAGCAAAUUGUUGAUAUGACAAAGUUAGUUCAUUUUGACGAGUCUUUGCCUAUUAUCCUAGCCACGGAUGCAUCAUCAUUUGGCAUUGGUGCCGUUAUUUCACAUCGUUAUCCAGAUGGCUCUGAACGGCCAAUUGCUCACGCUUCCAAGACUUUAAACGAUGCACAAAAGAACUAUAGUCAGAUUGAAAAAGAAGCAUUAUCAAUCAUAUUUGGAAUUCUGCAAAACUAA